AGGCGGAAGGAAGCCAGUCGAGCGCCAACUGCCGAGGAGGAUGGCAGCCUCUCGGACCGCCGCCGCGAAGACGCACCGGAUCACAUUCACCCAGCGGCGGCGCAGUACGCUGCCCGGCUGCCUGUGCGCAUCCCUCGCUGCUCUUUGCCUGACGCUAGGUGCGACGGUGGCCGUCUACUACGGAGUUCGCUUCUUGGAGGGAGAAAGGACCACAGAGCGCGUCUACCGGGGCGCCUUCACUGUUCUCGAAGGGGACAGGUUCAGCGACAGCUUGUCCAACAGCCUGGCUGAAGAUUUCUUGCACAAAGCAGAUGCGUACCGUGCCAAGCUGGACAGCCUGUUCAACACGAGUACCUCUCAUUUCCGUGGCACAGAAGUGAUCGCUUUCCAAAGGAGGGCGGACCGCGAGCUUACGGUUUACUUCAACGCACACUUCGCAUCGGGUGCCCCGCUGGAUGGCGGUGAUGUCUACCUUGCUGUGGCUGACGAGGUGCUGCGAGGCCGCCUUGGCGUCUUUAGGGGGCUCAAGGUGGACCUCGAAUCCUUAAGUCUACAAGAGGUCCGGGAUUCAUCUCCGCUGCCAGAGUCAUGGUCUCCACGACGCCGCUACCCGGGAUACCUGGCGGGCCUGAGCACAACGGAACAUCCCUCUACCGCUGCGCGCUGCGAGCCUCUCGCCAUAGACCACUGCCGGGCCAGCUUGGAUUACAACAGCACGGCUUAUCCGAAUGCUGUCGGGCACUUCACGGCUCGGGACGUACAGCGAGACUUGGUGGCCUAUCGGCAGCUGGCUGACUCCGAAUGUCACCCUCUAGCCGCCGAGCUGGUGUGCCGUCUGCUACAGCCCGAGUGCACCGCGUCGGGUCAUACCGUGCUGCCCUGCAGGGCCUUCUGCCAAGAGUUCUUGUCGUCUUGCCAGGAGCAACUGCAGAGCUCAGUCGCCGCUCGGAUCGACUGUGGACGUCUGCCUGUCUACAGCGGUUCUGGUAGCUGCCAUUCCAAGCCUGGUUGCGUGAAUGAGCUCAAGGCCAGGGGUAAGGAAGCCCACAUCUGCGACGGCAUCGUCGACUGCCCCGAUUUCUCGGACGAAACAACUUGCGGUCACUGUGGUCCGGCCCGCCUACAAUGCGGCAGGCGCCAGUGUAUCGACAUUGUGCAACGGUGCGACGGGAAACUGGAUUGCGUGGAUGGCGCCGACGAGCGCGACUGUCUGACUCUGUCGGGUAGCGGAGAGUUGUGGGCUUCCCCGCACGGCUACCUGCGCGCCUACCGACGUGGCCGCUUUCGCAAGGUCUGCGCCGACGGUCGAGAGCUGAAGCAGGUGGCGGCCGCGGCCUGCACGGCGCUAGGACUCGGGCGAGUUUUCCGCUCACUCUCAAAGCCCCGCGUGACCGGCUUCUCUCCGCAGGCCACCGUCGCGCGUGGAGCUUCAUCGUGACGGCAACAGCAGCGACUCGUACCUGCGUCUGCUUGACCCGCAAGCGCCCGGCCUCAGAUUCUCUUCGCCGGGACCUUGCAGCAGUGACCUGGUGGUGUACUUGCAGUGCAGCUUGCCAGGU